AUGGCCUCUCCUCAAACCAAUGACUUCAAUGUCCCACGUUUCCCUCCACCACCACCCCCAUUUCACCCAAGAGCUCCACCGCCUCCUCAUGUUCGCCCGCCACCACCACCAUCGCCACCAUCAGACAACCAUCCCACAGUAAUAGUCAUUGUGUUCAUCUCAUUUGGAAGUCUUCUCUUCUUGGCAUUCCUUGCGGCUGCUCUCUUUUGUUUCCUCAAGAAGAAGAAGAAGAAGGCAGUUCAAGAAGUCGAAAUUAUUCACGUAGAUGAACAUAAGAAGGUUAGGGAGGCUAUCAUACCGGGUCCCCGUGGAACACAGUCUGUGAUAUUGUCAAUUGACGAUGAUGUGCAUAUUGAUGAAAGGAUUGCCAAAAAUGAGAAGUUUGGUCAUGCAGGUUUGCAUGCUAAGUCUGCCCAAGGCGAAUCUGGAUCGACAAACAAAGAGAGAGGAUCAUCUUCUUCUAGCUUUGAUCAGCAACAAUUUGACAAAAGCCUUGACCACAAGUCCAUUACACCAUCCUAA